AUGCCCGUGAUGAAGGGCCUCCUCGCUCCUCAGAACACCUUCCUGGACACCAUCGCCAACCACUUUGACGGCACCCACAGCAACUUCCUGCUGGGGAACGCCCAAGGUCGCCGUGGCUACCCCAUCGUGUACUGCUCGGACGGCUUCUGCAAGCUGACGGGGUUUGUGCGCACGGAGCUGAUGCAGAAAACGUGCACCUGCCGCUUCCUGCAAGGAGCCGAGACCAGCGAGCGAGUGACCCAGCAGGUGGACAAGGCCCUGGAGGGUCAACAGGAGUACCAGGGGGAGGUCUGCUUCUACAGGAAGAACGGCAAUCCAUUUCAUUGUCUUCUUGACAUCGUUCCGAUCAAGAACGAGAAAAGCGAAGUCGUUUUGUUCCUGUUCUCCUUCAAGGAUAACACUGAAUCGCAUGGGAAAAGCCAACACAACAGCAGGAGAGGAGGCAUCUCCGAGGAAUCCCAACAUGGCGGUAAAAAUAACCGUCGCUUUGCUCAUGCCCGCGAUCGAGGCCAGAGUAUUCUGCACCACCUGGCCAACCUGUUCUCCAAGAGAGGCAAAGGCAAGCUGACCAAUAGUGUGUUCCAGAAGCCCUCUCUUCCUGAGUACAAGAUGGCAGCUGUGCAGAAGUCCCGCUUCAUCCUGCUGCACUACAGCGUGUCCAAGGCCCUGUGGGAUUGGCUGAUCCUGCUCGCCACGUUCUACGUGGCCAUCACGGUGCCCUACAACGUCUGUUUCGUCAGCCACGACGAGGACAGAGACUGUGACUCCUCCUCUCGUAGCACCAUUGGCAGUGACAUUGCCGUGGAGAUGCUUUUUAUUCUGGAUAUCAUCCUGAACUUCCGCACCACCUAUGUGAGCCAGUCUGGUCAGGUGGUGUAUGAUGCCCGCUCCAUCUGCAUCCAUUACUGCACCACCUGGUUCUUUGUCGACCUGAUUGCAGCUCUGCCCUUUGACUUGCUGUAUGCCUUCAACAUCACAGUGACCUCUCUGGUCCACCUGCUGAAGACGGUGCGUUUGCUGCGCCUGCUCCGCUUGCUUCAGAAGCUGGACCGUUACUCUCAGUACAGCGCCGUGGUUCUGACUCUGCUCAUGUCUGUGUUCGCCCUGCUGGCACACUGGAUGGCCUGCAUCUGGUACGUCAUUGGCCACAAGCAGAUAGAGAGCAGUGACGCUGUCACCUGGGACAUAGGUUGGCUGCAGGAGCUGGGGAAGCGACUGGACACCCCCUACAUUAACAGCACGGUGGGCGGCCCCUCCACGCCCAGCGCUUACAUCGCCUCACUCUACUUCACCCUCAGCAGCCUCACCAGCGUGGGCUUUGGAAACGUGUGUGCCAACACAGACGCUGAGAAGAUCUUCUCCAUCUGCACCAUGCUUAUCGGGGCCCUCAUGCAUGCGGUGGUCUUUGGCAACGUGACCGCCAUCAUCCAGCGCAUGUACUCGCGCCGUUCGUUAUACCACACGCGCAUGAAGGACCUGAAGGACUUCAUACGUGUGCACCGCCUGCCCCAGCUGCUGAAACAGCGCAUGCUGGAGUACUUCCAGACGACAUGGUCUGUUAACAAUGGCAUCAACGCCAACGAGCUCCUGCAUGACUUCCCGGACGAGCUGCGGGCUGACAUCGCCAUGCACCUGAACAAAGACAUCUUGCAGCUGCCCGUGUUUGAGCAUGCCAGCAGGGGGUGCCUGCGCUCCCUGUCCCUCCACAUCAAAACCUCCUUCUGCGCCCCGGGGGAGUACCUCAUCCGCCAGGGGGACGCUCUGCAGGCUAACUACUUUGUUUGCUCUGGCUCCCUGGAGGUGCUGAGGGAUGGCAUGGUCCUGGCUAUACUGGGCAAAGGUGAUCUGAUUGGAGCGGAUCUGCCAGGGCAUGAUCAGGUGAUCAAGACCAAUGCUGAUGUAAAGGCCCUGACCUACUGUGACCUGCAGUACAUCAGUGUCCGGGCCCUCAGAGAGGUCCUGGGACUCUACCCAGAGUACGGCAACCGCUUCAGCUCAGACAUCCACCAUAACCUCACCUACAAUCUGAGAGAGGGGAGUGAAGCAGAGGGACUGAUAAGGUUUUCACGAUCCCCAAGGCUCUCUCAGGACCGGGUUGGCAAUGACCCCAAACUGCCCUAUAUUUUGAAGGCAGAGGAUGUGGAUCUGGGAGAGGACACAGAACAUUCUGGGGCCUCGCACCAAGGAAGGCUGCCGCUGCUGCUUGGGAUCAACAGCCCUGUUCAGCCUCCCAGCCUCAACACCUUGCUGGGGGAGGAGCUUCGCCAUAUCAAUGCCCUCCGUCUGUGUCGGUCGCCUGUGCAGGACUUUAGAGGUCGUAGCCCCUCCCCUCAGCCGCUGUCCAAUGAGGAGCUUUCCCCAUCUCCCUUUCCCAGUCGUGUCACAGAUCCAAGCUCGUUUUAUAGGCCGGCAAAGGUACUGAUCCCCUCCCUUCACUGUGUCAGCCCACUAGACCUGAGUCCCAGGGUUGUUGAUGGAAUUGAGGAUAAUGGACAUGCCUUUCACUUCAACAUAGAGCAGGGUGACACAAAGACUAGCAGCAAUGAUCCUUUCCAGAUAAGCGCUAACCUCCUCCUGGAGACAGAGGAGGUGAGACAGAACAUCAGCAAGCUAAACCAGGAGAUGACCAACCUCAGCCACGAAGUGUCCAACUUGACCAAAGAGCUUCAUGAGAUGAUGCAUUUUCUGCAGACCCAUGUGAGCACGCCUCACUAUUCCUCCUCCAUGUCCACAUAUCCCUGUGGAAUACAAAUAGUUUCCAAUCCCACCGGCAAUGUGACUGCAGGCGAUGAUUGGCAGACGCAACUGUCUUUCAGUAUGCCUACCAGGCCUCAUCUCCACCACGAACCAAUCAGUCAACCUACUAGGAAUGUUUGUGGCUGCAGUGGGGUGCCCACCCAGAGUAGAAGCCCCAGCCUGGGCCAUAUGGUUGAGAUGGAGCACCUUCAUCGACCAUACAGCCCCAGGUCAUCUUGUUUGCACCAAUGCUGCUCUGAUAGAGGCAUCGCUACUGGUCAGGAACCUGAGGCCCAGUAUAGCCCCUUUCAGGCCUCCAGAACAACACCCAACUCUCCCUACAUGGCCCACUCACACAACCGGAUUGGCAUAUCUCAUUUAAAUCUCAGAUCUAAUAUUCAGGGAUUCCCCGGGACUCUUCAAAGCCCUCAAGAUGAUUACAAAGCCUCCUUUCCUGUCAUUAGCAGCUCUCGCCCCCAGUGUUCCCCAGGAAGUCUCAGUCAGUCUCACCCUUCUCUGAAUGUGCAGGUCAGCUCUGACCUAACCCAGUCCCAGGGUAGCUCCGCCACACCCAUCCAUGCCAGCCUCACCCCUACAGGUCAGCCUCGGCUCCACACUGCCUUUAGCUCCCCGACAGCCGAAGGGGUCUACACUUCUGUCGGCAUCCCACCCAAUCAUACCCCCCAGGGCUCUCUCAGACAAAAUUACCUGGUAGGCUCCAGCUCAGUCCUUAACACCAGCCAGGACCUUCCCCUCAGUGUGCUGGGGCAGUUAGCGGGGGCAAACUGCAGAGAGCCUAAGUAUUCCCAGGCUCAAGGGACCCCUGUCAGGACAGAUAGCGACACUGAGCCACCUGAGGGGACUAGCGACUUUACACCCGGGAUGAACAUCGAGCCGCUUUGGGGCUUGGAGGUGGCACAUAAGUAG